CUAUUAAGUAAUAUAGAUAUUACAUGUUCCAAAUUUAUUUUUGCCCGCGUGCACAGAAAAAACCUCGAUCAGUGAGGAGAGUUUGAGUACGUUCUUCAUCAAGUGAAACAAAUUACAAGAACUAGUACAACUCGAAGACUACAACUCCUACGAUUACCAACUUGCGCAGCGGUCAUUCUUCAUCUUCAGUCCGGGGUCGAGAAUAAAGCUUGACCGCGAAUGAGCAAGACUGGUAAUAUCAAAAUGGCCAACAUCAAGAGCAAAAUGAAGACUAGCGGCAUGAUGCUUCCGGCAUGCUGUGCUUAUCUAUUGGCCGGCGUCUUCUUGCUCAGUACAAGGUCCUUUGGUGAAGCGAGCGCCGCGAGCCCAUCGGGAAUCAGGAGAACUGAAAAUCGCGCAUUUUGGAAUAAGAUCACCUCCAAAAAUGGGGCACCGUCAAAAUCUGACAAGAAGCCGCUGACAGUAGAGAACCGGGAGCACAUAUUAGACGGGACGCUUAGCAUGGCAGAGUCGCUUGCAGGAAAAGAUGAUGUACAAAUAGAAGCUCAAGCUAACGAACUAAUGCUUUUCUAACUUCUAUUAACUUAGUUCAGCCAUCACUCAUCGUACAACCACUGUGAAUCUCGAAGUUGAGUUCAAUUGUGAAAGUCAUUGAGAACGUGCAUUUUUCACUGUCGUACUUUCACCUACACUCACAGGAGAUUGCGAGGCUGUUGUUCGGUGCAGAGAGGCGUUUGCGCGAGGCGUCGCAUACAGUUGCUCUGCAUGUCGGAAGUGUAGACGCUACGGCGAGCGGGAACGCCGAGAAAUUGCCAAUCCACGAAGAAAAGCAGGAAAACUGGAUUGUCAGCUCGCGUGCAAAACUACUAGAGCACGAAGAUGAGUCGGUAAAGAUUAGUGACCAAGCGUGGAGUUUGAGUUUGUCAUCCAGCUACCUUCACCAGUUUGGCAAAGAUGAAGUUACACUUACAGUUAGCAGCUCUCACGUCGUUGAAUAAGUCUAUGACUUCUAAAGCUAAACUGACAUGGGGUUGUCUUGAUCGUACAUCUUUCUCUAUGACUACAGACAUUGCACCAAGAUCGUGUUGCACGCAUUUCGAAACUGGAGACGCUCAUGGAGGGAGAAGUAUCAGUCCUCGGUGACGUCCUGACCAACUGCCGAGUGGCUAGGGAUCAUGCCAGGGAUAUCAUCAUUAUGAGCAGGAUAACUGCGUGAGGGCCUGAACUAAACGUUGCUGAUUUAUCAUCUUCAAGACUUUCUUCGUCUUUGUCUUACACUCACAGAACAUGCACUUCUCACUAACUCACCGCGUAAUAAAUAUCAGAGUGAGUAAACGUGCUUAGGCACCACUCGACUCAGGAUCAUCAACUACAGUAAGAACCUUCCUUUAUGAAGACGUAAUUGUAAACAUUGAUCACAUACAUAGAUAGUACACAUAAAGACUCUUACUCUUUCAUGCGGCAGCGUGACAUCUAUCGACGCGCGGGCAUCGGUUUGCCGGGAGCAAAAUCGCAGGACCAGUCAUCUACAACUGUCACUAGUUCAACAGGCAGUAACAAGCAUCACGACGGUCAUCAGCACGAGCACGUCGAGGAGCAGAAGACGGCAAAAGAAGCGAUUGAGCUGGCGAAGCAAUUGCAGGAAAUGGCCACUGAUAUCCGCAGCGAAUACAUGCGCAUGAUCACAGGAUUUGCAGCAGCAAUAGUCCAGAAUUUCCGACCAGACCCGAAGGCCACAGCGGAGCAGAGAUUGCCGCUAGGUGUGAUGGAGGGCGACUACACAACGCCGAGCGCGCACAUCUCCCAUAGCACGACAACUGGAGGCGGUGCAGGCCAAAAUGUAGCAUCAGCAAACAAGCAGGCUAAGAGUAAUAUUGCCGCGUCAAGCGCGAAUCCAGAAAGCCCGCUUUGGGUCUAAAAACCUAAUGAAAAAUGAUUUUGAAAACAACAGAAUUAGAAGGGCUUCGUUUUAAAUAUCAAUCAUCACCAUGUUUCCGUUUCGUUUCAUGUCGUGCAAAUGAGUUUUUGAACAUAUUAUGUUUCGUUUAAAUUUUAAUUUUGAACAAUUAAUUUAAACCAGUAUUACCAUUAUUAGCAUCAAUCUUAGCAAUAGAUCGAUGUGAGGAUGAGGAAGUACCAGAGCAUUCGCAUUGCAUCAUGCUCCCAAAUGAACACCACCAUGAAGUAGUCAUUUACACAUGCCUGUUCCCUGCACAGACAACUGCACUGCCGACACGACCUGCUUACUCUAUUUAGUUAGCUGCGCGAUGCCGAUGGCCAUGAGAAUCACCAUUUUCAUUCCUCGUCUGAAAUAGAGCGGAAGUAGAGGGUUGUUAAUGUUAACCGACAUUCGGAGAUGGGGGACGCCAGGCGACAGCGAAGAAAUUGAACUGGUUAGCUUACAAGCACAAAGAAGAUAUAUGAUGAUGUUCAGGGGAGCUGACACGCACACGCUCAAAGAACGGCUUAGAAAGAAAGGAAAAGGCCAAACACUGUCGCUGCCAACAUCACAUCAAGACGGUCUUUUUUAGUAUGAUUGCCAGCGGCAAGACAACGAACUAUCGGACGGCGACGGCUGUUCUAGGUACUUAAUGAAAUAUGAUCAUAAGGC